GUGGAAAAAUGGCAAAGAGAAUUGCAGAGAAGGAGUUGACUGACAGAAAUUGGGAUCAGGAGGAUGAAACUGAGGAGGUGGGAACUUUCUCAGUGGCUAGUGAAGAAGUCCUGAAGAACAGAGCUAUUAAGAAAGCAAAGCGCAGAAAUGUUGGGUUUGAGUCUGACAACGGAGGAGCUUUUAAAGGGUUUAAAGGUUUUGUUUUACCUUCUGGAAAAGGAGGUGGUGGCUUCACUGGAUUUGGUAAUGGUACAGAAAUGAAGCCUUUAGGAGGGCUGUCGAAUGGAAGCAGUGGUAUUUCUAGUACUCCCUCUUUCACUAGUGUAAAGACUGCUUCUGAAGUACAGCCUGCAUUUGGAUCCGUGACAUCAAAUGGUCCCACCACCACAUUGGUUGAGAAAAAGGCUUCAGGCGCAAAAGCUAAUGGUGGCAGUCCACAAUCCUCAUCCUCUGGUUACACUCAAAAUAAAAUGUGCAGCUCUAGUGUUUAUCACAAACAGUUAGCAGCUCUAAACUGUUCUGUGCGUGACUGGAUAGUAAAGCAUGUAAACACAAAUCCACUUUGUGAUCUGACACCCAUAUUUAGAGACUAUGAGAAAUAUUUAGCAAGCAUUGAACAACAUCAUGGAAGCAGUAGUGAUAGUGGCUCUGAAAAUGAAAGCAACAAAACAACUGGAACUCAGUCUGUUCCUACGUUUGGGACUUCGAAACUUCAGCAAGGAUCAACUUUUUUGUUUAACAGCAACAAAACUGAGGAUGAAUCAGACAAGAAAACUGAAUCAACGUCGGAAAAGAACAGAGAAUCACCAUUAGGAGUUGCAUCAAAUGUCUCAUUUAAUUUUGGCAAGAAUGUUGAUAGUUCUAUUUUGGGUUCACUUGGUUCUGGCACACUAACUAGUUUUUCAUUCUCCCCUGGGAAUUCGGGUGUAUUUGGAAAAGAUGCAAAGCAGGGCAAGUCUGUCUCCACGCUUUCCACCAGGGUAUUGGAAGCUCAGACAGAAAGUGGAAGUAGUGAGGAUAAAGGAGGAGAUGAAGAGGAGGAGGAGCCACCAAAAACAGUCGUUAACGAGGUAAAAGAAGAUGAUGCCUUCUACUCAAAGAAGUGCAAACUGUUCUACAAAAAAGAUAAUGAAUUUAAAGAAAAGGGUGUAGGAACGCUGCAUUUAAAACCUGCAGGAAAUGAAAAAACUCAACUGCUGGUGCGAGCAGACACCAAUUUAGGUAACAUACUAUUGAACGUGUUGGUUCCGCCCAAGAUGCCAUGCACAAGAACAGGAAAAAACAACGUUCUUAUAGUCUGUGUUCCCAAUCCACCAAUUGAUGAGAAGAAUUCCACUGUCCCUGUCACUAUGUUAAUAAGAGUGAAAACAAGUGAGGAUGCAGAUGAGUUGCACAAAAUUUUACUCGAGAAAAAGGAGGCCUAAACAUAUUGCAGUCAAAUGCUCUGAGAAAUUACUGCUAAACUGCUGCUACUCAUUUUUUCUUUAACUUCUUAACUCUCUACUCUGACAUUCUAAGAACUGUUACAGGAAUUCUGAAAAGUUUUUGUGAGGAAAAGCUAAAAUG